UUGUUCGCAAAACAUUCGAAGAUUGCAGAACCGUCAGAUCAAUCCUCCGUGGAUUUCGCGUCCCAAUUGACGAGCGAGAUUUGUCCAUGGAUGCCGGGUAUCUCGACGAGAUACAGAUGAUCACAUGUUCCAAAAAAGUUAAGUUACCUGCAGUUUUCUUAGGAGGGAAGUAUGUUGGUGGGGCCGAGGAGAUCAAGGAGAUGAAUGAGAGUGGUGAGUUGAGUAAGCUGAUUGGUGAGUUACCCUUUGUAGGAAACAAUAGUUUCUGUGAUGUUUGUGGAGAGCUGAGACAUGUUCUUUGUGCACAGUGCAAUGGCAGCCAUAAGAUCUACUCUGAGAAGCAUGGGUUUAGGACCUGCACAUCGUGCAAUGUAAACGGUCUGGUUAAGUGCGGCCUAUGUUAUCCCGUGAACCGGCGGCGAAUGUCAACUUAG